AGGAGGUGUUUGUUUUUGUGUACUGCGUAGUAUGCUAGUGCGCCGCCGCUGUUAUGUUGCUCUACGUGGAAAGACGGAUCAUGGACUAACCUCCCGUGAGCAGGAAGAUUUUAUUCAGUUUAUUAAUUUGUUGUUCAGGAAUAGCACGGAGGAACCGAUAAAGGAAGAUGUUUAAAAGCUGGGGAACGUGGCUUGGUAUCGAGUCCAUACCCGGAGACAAAACAGACGGAGUCCAGGCCGAGGACUCAUGCGGAAGUGACACAAACUCCGAAGAGAAUGCAGUAAACAAACACGAGUGCAGCGACAACCUGGGAGAAAACCAACCGAUCCUGCAGCAAGCCAAAGGCCUGAGCGGAUACAUUCUGAACUUUGCAAGCAGCGCAACAAAGAAGAUCACGGAGUCUGUGGCAGAAACUGCGAGCACCAUCAAGAAGACCGUAGAGGAAGGAAAUCUUGAUGGUAUCAUCGAUAAGAUUUCUCCUUCAUUGUCGGUGUCUCUUCCUUUACAUCCACAGACCAUUCUGGGAGAUUUCCAGAAGGAGCAGGAAAAGUUUGUUCAGGAGAAGAACGCUAAGAAAACAGACGUGGCAGUGCCUCCCUGGGUGGGCUACAGUGAGGAGGAGACCAUUCAGCAGCAGAUCUUAGCUUUAUCAGCUGACAAGAGGAACUUCCUCCGUGACCCUCCAGCUGGUGUGCAGUUCCACUUUGACGUCGAGCAAAUGUAUCCCAUCGCUCUGGUCAUGCUGCAGGAAGACGAGCUUCUCAACAGGAUGCGCUUCGAUCUGGUUCCAAAACAUGUGAAAGAGGAAGUGUUCUGGAGGAACUAUUUCUACCGGGUGUCCCUCAUUAAGCAGUCGGCCCAGCUCACGGCGUUGGCGGCACAGCAGCAGGCUGCGGAGAGGAGAGAAGACGACAAGAACGGAGCCGAUCCACAGACCGAGAGCACCUCAGAAUCCAGAAGACCAAAAACACCACCGACGACCAUCAGCGCCAAGCCAAAGUCCAGUGAGCAUCAUGAGGAGGAGGAGAUCUCGACCAGCCCUGCCGUUUCGGAGUUUGUAAGUGACGCAUUCGACUCGUGUAACAUCAACCAGGAGGACUUGAGGAAGGAGAUGGAGCAGCUGGUACUGGAUAAGAAAAAGGAGGACGGUGAGCUGAAGGGAGAUGUGUCUGACUGGGAGCGAGAGCUGCAGCAGGAGUUGCAGGAGUACGAGGUGGUGGCCGAGGCGGAUAACCGAGACGAAAACUGGGACCGUGAGAUUGAAGAGAUGUUGCAGGCUGACUAGCUUAUCCCCAUGAGCCCUCACUUUCAGUGUGGAAUCACCGCUACACUGAAGAGAGAGGGAGAAUGAAAAUUAAGUAAUGGACCAAGCACGCCACUACGAAGACAGGCUUAAACAUCACUCUCUGUGCUACAUGUACAACGUUUCUCUGUUUGAAUGAAGCAGGUGGAGAUUUGUGUUAUGAAUGCAUUUCAAAUGGUAAAGUAGUUACAUUCAGGGAUGUAAUCGGUUUCUGCGAAGUAGUGGGCCUGCAGUGAAAAUGCACAGCAUCUACAGUAAACUUCUGUCUUCUCACUGAUGGAUGAAUCAAAUGAUAUUAGUGCAACCUUUUUAUAUAAGGCAUAUCCGUAUGUGUAAUCUCUCUUUAUUCUUUAUCUGAAAUAACGAGUGUGAUUUUUGGUGUGUGUGUGUGUGUGUGUGUGUGUGUGUGUGUGGCGCGCUGAUAGUCGUACAGAUCCUCUGAGGAUGAAGAUGAACAUUUUGAUUGUUUUUUCUGUUUCAUCUGACCUUUCAAAACUGAACUGAAUUUGUUAAAGAAAAAGUAGUGGGUUUUGAUUUGGUUUUUUUCCUGUCUCUCAGUACAUCACUCAUCUCUUAGCUGCUCAGUAAUAUUAUUGUGUGUUUAUUAAAAGUUAUUUUGUCUCUAAA